AUGCGCUGGGCGGCAGCAACUCCGCCACCGGCGCAGGGGGGCGCGCCGCCCGCCCCGCGCCCGCGCAGCGCCGCGGCUGGGACACACCGCCCCCUCCCGGCCCUGCCCUCCGCGCCCCCCCCGCGACCGCGCGGGCGCCGCGUCCGCCCCCCCCCGGCGGCCGCGGGGGCGCUCCCGCCGCCUUUGUCUGGCGGCGCCGCCGCCCCGCGCAGCGCCCGCGCAGCGCCCCGGGGUCGCGCCGCCGCCCGCCCCUCGCUUCGCCGCCCGCCUCGCCGGGCGCGCCCCCCCUCCCCGGCGGCUCCCCCCGCGGCCGCCGGCCGAGUGAGCUCACCCGGCCCCCGGCCGCCGCCGCCGCGCCGCCGCCGACCAAUCAGCGCCGCGCCGCCCCGCGCCGCGCCCCCAUUGGUCCGGGCGGGAAGCGGGGCUCGGACCGGCGCGCGGGGGGGGCGCGCCCCCGGCCCCGUCCCGGUGCCCGGCCCCAGCCUUAUUCCCGGCCCCAGCCUUAUUCCCGGCCCCAGCCUUAUUCCCGGCCCCAGCCCUGUCCCCAUCCCCUCCGCCGGCGCGCUGUCCUGCGCGGGGCCAUCCCCCCCGCCGGUGCCUCCAUCCGCCGAGCCGGGGGUCCGCUCCCUUGCGUUCAAAAGCACAGCCAUCCCUCCCGCAGCCCCGCCGGUCCCCGCCGGUCCGGGAGCGGAGAACUCGCCGUGCCCCUCCCUCCCCUACCUGCGCCGAGCCCCGAGCGGGCGCUUGCAGGGAGAGCUGCCCCGACACUACCGCAUCUCCCGCCCGGGCAGCGGGGCGGGCGGCGGAGAGCCCGCGGUACAGCGGACUGAGCGGCCGGGGAACGGGGAGCGGCGGGGGGGCUCCGCUGGUGCAUCCCCCGGGACAGACGGGACGCUGCUCCGCUCUGCCGGAUCACCGGGGGCGGCGGGCAGCGGCUCGGCCCCCGCCGCCACGUCUCAAACUUCGGGGAAACGCGUUUCGAUCCCCCCCUUCCCGCCCCUUUUCCGCUAGGACCGGCUUUUUAUCCCGGCGAGAGAAACCCAGACCUCUCAGGAGCAACCAAGAAGAGCGAAACAAACAAGAAACCGCAGAAGAAAGCAUUGGAAAGGCGGCCGGGAGAUAAUCCAGGAAUGCUUCAGAUAAGGAAGGGGGGGGCACUAUACGUGCGGAGAUACCCGAAAAGUCAGAGCCUGAUGGAAAGGCUGAAAGACGGACGGGGGGUGGGGGGGAAACCCGCACUUGUUUAGAGCCUAUUAAAGGUCACAUCGGGCUGGGGGGUGGGCUGCGGGUGAUGAUAAAAGGAGUUUAAGAACGAGGGGUUUAAGCGCGCAGAUGAAGCGCAGCGCCAGGAUUUGGGGGGUUUGUUUACUGGCUCCCGGUGCAGAAAACAAAAGAGCGGCGGGUCCGUGCGGAGAGUCAGCCCGAGGUCAGCCGGGGCUGCCCCGCGCCCGCCGCCGGCACAGCCGGGCCCGGGUGCCGCCCGGGAGUCCCCGGGAGUCCGCGGGGCCGGGAACGGGAGCUGCCCGCUGCCCCACGGCCGGGCCUGGCGCUUGCAGAAGUUACGGAGGGGUUUGAUCAAUUAAACGGAGGGCUUCGUAAAAUAUUUCCUAAUAAAAUCUACGGUUGUCUUAAAAGUU